AUGUCCGAUCUCGUGUGCGGCGAGGUCGCGUCGCUCGAACCGGUGGAAGGGAAGGAUAAACUGAAGAAGCUCUUCGUGAAAGUUUCCGACGACGCCGACGCCGAGGCGCACGUCAUCGUCACGAACGCCCCGAACGUCGAGGUCGGAAAGCGGUUAGUCGUCGUGCUCGCGGGUGGGACGCUGAGGGACGGGACGGAGGUGAGGAAGACGACGGUCGGGGGGGUCUUGAGCGUCGGGAUGGUGUGCGACUCGACGAUGUGCGGAUGGAGCGGCGGCGGUGCGGGAACGGCGGCGCUGCUACCGUUAGAUUUUCCUCUCGGUGCACCGGCACCGAGCUCACGGUUGCGUCUGGAUGGGAAGAACGACGACGAAGGGACGGACGACGCGGUGAAGAAGGCGCAGGCCAAGGAGGUCGAGAAGGCGGCGAAGAAGGCGGCGCUGGCGGCGAAGCGCGCGGCUCGAGACGCCGCGAGAGCGGCGAAGAAGGCUGGCGGUGAGGACACGGGCGAGAAUGAAGCCGAGGGCGAAGACGCGGGUUGA